AUGCCACUGAUGAGAACAGUGCUGCCGGAACUCAAACGUAGAAUAAUUGGUGACACGUUCAUGCGAGUAAAAGAUCGAAUCAUGCAUGAGUUGAAAUUGGAUAAAGAUGUCUUCUUGGCGCAAGGCACACUGAGGCCUGAUCUUAUUGAAAGUGCAUCAGAACUGGCCAGUGGACAUGCCGAUGUUAUUAAAACUCACCACAACGAUAGUGCGCUUGGAAAAGUGAUCGAACCACUGAAAGAUUUUCACAAGGAUGAAGUUCGUGAAUUGGGGCUGGCCUUGGGCUUACCAAAAAGUAUCGGUAAAGUGAUCGAACCACUAAAAGAUUUUCACAAGGAUGAAGUUCGUGAAUUGGGACUGGCCUUGGGCUUACCAAAAAGUAUCGUUAAUCGGCAUCCGUUCCCAGGGCCCGGUCUGGCAAUCCGAAUUAUCUGUGCGGAGAAUACAACAGUUGCUGAUCUCGAUCUUUUCUUCACCACUCAGCAUCACCUCCAGCUAAUCAUCAACCUGGCAGAAUGUGAUGUUGAUUCCGAGGAAUAUACUGCAAUAACGCAGCACCUGUCGAAAAACGAUUUUGAGACUCUGUGCGAGAAACGAUGUGAAAUUACCGCAACCUUACUUCCUGUGCAGUCGGUCGGAGUGCAAGGUGAUCGACGAUCCUAUGCGUAUGUUGCUGCGUUAUCAACAAAUGAAAGACCGAUUCCGUGGUUGCUUCUGGAAAACAUGGCUCGCAUUAUACCUCGCCUAAUACACAGUGAUCGACGAUCCUAUGCGUACGUUGCUGCGUUAUCAACAAAUGAAAGACCAAUUCCGUGGUUGCUUUUGGAAAAUAUGGCCCGCAUCAUACCUCGCCUAAUACACAGUGUAAAUCGAGUGGUAUACGUUUUUGGAAGUGCUGUGGAAUAUUCGGUGAGUGACAUUACCCCGACAUAUUUGAACGAUUAUGCCAUCUCAUUGGCGCAGUGGGCUGAUCGGAUAGCCAACGAUAUGCCAGUUAUAAUGAUUCCUGUUCAUUUCGACAGAGAUCCGAUGGAGGGAAUCGCAUCAACUUUACGAUCAUUCGUGCUCCGUCCUUUUAUCACCAACGAUUUCAUGACUGGAAUUGCUGCUUUGCCAGGAAGAGACAUCCCAGAGAAGGUAUUUACUUGUCACCUUCAAGCUACAACUAAUCUCCAUUAGAA